UUGUUGGUUUAAUAUGCUUGAGCAAAUAUUACCAGUUGAUAUUUUAAAAAAUCUGAAGUGUUCAUUAUGUGGUGGUUACUUGUGUUUUAUACCGUUGGCAAUAGACAAUAACGAAAAAGUUGUAUGUGGAAAAUGUUAUAAAACGUUGAUAAAAGAAGAACAAGGUUUUUAUAUUCGACAAAGGGCUUUGGAAAGUGUUCUGGGGCAAUAUACAUUCCCGUGUAGAUAUCAGAAAGACGGCUGCAAGCACGUGUUCAAGUUUAAUGACGAUGACGGUCAUGAAGAAAGCUGCAGUUUUAAAUAUAACCUCAUUAAUAAUUUAGACACUACAAUAAAUGGCGCAAAACUCACAAACCCAAAAGAAUAUUCCUGCGACUCUAACGAGAUCGAGACAAAGCUCAAAUAUAAUUUAAGAGACUCAAAUACUUUGGCUUACGCCCUUAGCAUCAAAGGCAAAAACGGAAAUACUAUCGUGAUCCUGGAUAAAGAUAAAAAACUUAAAAAAGAAAAUCUGUGCAUUACUUUAAGAGGACUCGCUUCAACAGGCACCGAUCCCAGCAUCCUUAAAAGCGAAAUUGAUAUACACCAGAUGGAAAAUCUAUACGAAACGCUAAAACCCAGUAAAUGUCACACAUGCAACACCAUUGUAGCAAGUGAGGAUAUACAUUAUUGUCUUUAUGGACACAGUGCCUGCAACCGAUGCAAGGGAAAUAUGUGCAUUUUGUGUAUAAAACAGUUAAAUGGUAAAUUGACAAAAUUUUGUCCGUUAUGUGAGCAAGUAGAGCCUUUUGAUGGCGUAAAUACUCACGAAUGCGAAUGCAGAAACAUGAAGUGUCCCAUAAGUGAAUGCCCAGCGAAAAUUAAACUUAACAAUCUCCAACAACACGUUGUUAAUAUGCAUUUAAACGUUUAUGUAGAAUCUGCAGAAGUAUCAAAAGAAUUCUUCUUUAAAGACUCUGAAUGGUUUAUGAAUUAUAAUGGAGAUAUUUUUAAGUGUAACUACUAUUUCUACAAUUUUUUCGUGGACAUUUUUAUUACGUUUACGGGGAAUUCCAAAUUAGCUGGUUUCUAUAAAUACGAAGUUUGUGUAAUGCAUGGUGAUAAGGUUGUAAAGCAAAAAUUAAGAACAUGUGCAAAUUGGAAUAAUAGCACAUUACAUGAAGGUAUAACUUUUAAUGCAGAAGAAGUUUUUAAAGAUAAUAAAAAAAGUUUUACUGCUAAUGUAAAAAUUUUAAAAUAAAUUAUUUUUUUAAAUGUAAAAUUUUUUAAAUUUGAAAAUGUUUUUUUAGUAAUAAAAAAUAUUUCAAUGCUACAAAAUA